AUGACCAACUCCUGCUGCUUGCCUUGCUGCCAGCCUUCCUGCUGCACGACCACCUGCUAUAAGCCCACCUGUGUGACCAGCUGCUGCCAGCCCUGCUGCAAGCCCAGCUGUUGCGCCAGCUGCUGCUGUGCACCCUGCUGCCAACCGAGCUGCUGUGAGACCACCUGCUGCAAGACCACCUGCUGUAAGCCAACCUGUGUGACCAGCUGCUGCCAGCCCUGCUGCAAGCCUAGCUGUUGCGAAACCACCUGCUGCAGGACCACCUGCUGUGAGCCAACCUGUGUGACCAGCUGCUGUCAGCCCUGCUGCAAGCCCAGCUGCUGUGAAACCACCUGCUGCAAGACCACCUGCUGUGAGCCAACCUGUAUUACCAGCUGCUGCCAGCCUUGUUGCAAAACCACCUGCUGUACAACCACCUGUUGUAAGCCAACCUGCGUGACCAGCUGCUGUCAGCCCUGCUGCAAGCCCAGCUGUUGUGAAACCACCUGCUGCAAGACCACCUGUUGUAAGCCAACCUGUGUGACCAGCUGCUGCCAGCCCUGCUGCAAGCCCAGCUGUUGCAAAACCACCUGCUGCACAACCACCUGUUGUAAACCAACUUGUGUGACCAGCUGCUGCCAGCCAAGCUGCUCUAAAACCACCUGCUGCAAGACCAUAUGUUGUAAGCCAACCUGUGUGGCCAGCUGCUGCUGUGCACCCUGCUGCCAACCGAGCUGCUGUGAGACCACCUGCUGCAAGACUACCUGCUGUAAGCCAACCUGUGUGACCAGCUGUUGCUGCACACCCUGUUGUCAACCCAGUGUUUGUGAAAUCUGUUACUGCCAGCCCUACUGCUGCGAGCCCUGCUGCUGUGAGCCCUGCUGCUGUGAGCCCUGCUGCUGUGAGCCCUGCUGCUGCGAGCCCUGCUGCUGUGAGCCCUGCUGCUGUGAGCCCUGCUGCUGCCAGCCCCGCUGCUGCCAGCCCUGCUGCUGUGAUUCCUGCUGCUGUCCAGCCUGCUGUGAAAAUACCUGCUGCUAG